UCUGUUGAAAGGUUCGCCCCCACUUCCUCUAGUAGACCUUACUCUGCUGCGAAGAUAUGUAAUGAGGAAAUUAUUGUUUAAUACACCAUGAAAGUGCGUAACUCCAGCAUUGAGUUGUGUUGCUUUUUGAUGUUGGGAGCCAUGUUGAAAAACAAACCUUAGUCAGUGAUUGUCUUUUGGGAAAAAAAUCCGUUCUCAGAAGGGUCAUUGAAUGUCUCUAUUUUGGAGAGAUGGAUGCAUCAGUCCAUUGACCCAUUACUUUAAGGACGCGUCCAGUGAUUUGUUUAAUUUCCUUAUUCCGGUUAAAAUGUGUAUGAGAGUAGAAAGCUGAGGUUUGAUCACUGCACCCAUUGAUAAGGCAACUGGUAAGUGAUCUCAUUUGAUUUUAAAAAUGCCACAGCAUGUGACCUUUCGGUUUUUGAAGGCAGUUGGAGACUUUGGCGUUUAGACUUUGACUAUUUCCACAAAAGCAAUGAAUUCUGGCUAAAACCGUAAGGUCUAUACAAUAUCACAAUUAAGCUCAGAAUGUUGGCGUUUCACAGGCCUUGGUCUUCUGUCUCGAGGGAGGGAGAGGCCAUAGAUGACUGCCUAGUGUGUGUUUUGGCAACAGUAGUCCACAACAUGGGCUCUCAUCUUGAAAAAGGAGAAGCCUCAGCUGUUUGUAGCAUCCAUUGAGAAAUGCUAAAGCCAACUUCCUCUAUUUGCCCUUCAUUCACUGUCACAUUACUGUUGGCUCCAUUCAUGUGGCCUUCUUCCUCUGUAAAGCAUAUGAAACUGAUUUGGACUUAAUCUAAACAGGUUUUAUUGUCCCGGCUUUUUACUAACUCCGGUUAAUAUUUUUAUUUAACCUUUUAUUUAACUAGGCAAGUCAGUUAAGAACAAAUUCUUAUUUAAAAUGAUGGCCUACACCGGCCAAACCCGGACGCCGCUGGGCCAAUUAUGCGCCACCCUAUGGGACUCCCAAUCACGGCCGGUUGUGAUACAGCUUGGAAUCGAACCAGAGUGUCUGUAGUGACCCCUCUAACACUGAGAUGCAGUGCCUUAGACCGCUGCGCCACUCGGGAGUUGAGGUGUAAUGAAGUUGUUCUCAAGUGAUUCUCAGCUGUGCUGGUUACUGCAAUGAAUGGUGACACUAUCCAUCAGGCGACAACCACAGCUUCCGUUGCAGCACCGUGUGGCUGGAGGGAAUUCUGCGAGUUGCAUGCCAUAGCCACGGCCCGGGAACUAGCCAACCACUACCGUAACUUUGCCAGGGAGCGGCCAGAUCAUGAUGUCAUCCCACCGGACAGCUUCUCCAAGCAGUUCAGCGAGCUGUUUCAGCAGCACUUCCACAGCGAGGUGGCCGAAAAGAUCCCUGCAUUGGCCCCUUCGCCCAUGAUGGGCCAGCUCCGCAUCACCUCCUCCUCCGGGGUGCUGGACUACCGGGAGGCGGGCCAGCCUGGCGCCCCGGCCCUGUUCACUGUGCUGGACCCAAAGCCGAAGCACGGGGUGGUGGAGCAGCCCCUCCAGUGCUCAUCAGCCAACCCAGGGGUGCGAGCUCGAGCUCCCGUCCGGAGCCACAGCCAGGAGGAGGUGUCUGUGUCGGAGCGGCGGCCUGUGUCUGAAUGGUACACCCCCACCUCACCCGCUGCUGCUGAUGUCACGCACUUCUCUGUCAGCCAGAUCAGGCAGAGCGUGCGCUGUCUUCUUAAGGAGCCCCUGCCGCCACCUCAGGACCUGCUGUCGAGAGGGCCGGGGGACAGGGGAACAGGAGGGAGUCUGGACGAAGUGACGGCCUUAUCGUUGUCAGCGCUGACUGUGAACCCCUCCCCCGAGACCUCUGCCUCGUCCAAGGCGGUCCACCUCCUAGACCGUCUGGCCAGCAGGUUUGGCAGUAGGCAGAGUGUGAAGCGCGGGCCGCAGGCUGCGGGCAGGUGCAAAGAGGGGCAGCUGAGGUACCUGGUGGUUGACGACACGAUCUCGGACACACAGCAUCGCUGGGAGCGCUGCCGCCUACUGGUGAGGAAGAUCAGAGACGGCCUAGCAGGAGAGAGGUUCCAGCUGGAGCUCUAUGACCCCCCCAAGGGCUCUAGUCCCAAACUGACAGUUCGUUGCGCAGACAUCCUGGCGAUCCGCCGCUGCAACCGCCUGGAGAUGCCCGACAACAUGAACACGUUUGUUUUAAAGGUUAAUCACUAUCCAGGUAGUCUCAUAUUUGAGACGGAAAAUAACCAGCAAGUCAGCUCCUGGACAACAGAAAUUAAAGAAUGUAUCAACAGGUCUGGCAGUGUGGAUUUGGAGCUCCUAACCUACCCUGUGGACAAUGCUGCGAUGGCCAACCGGAGAGGGAACUCCGAGUCAGGGAGUCAGGGAUCUGCGACCUUUGCCCUCUCGGAGCAGGUGUACCAUAAGACUGACCACUUCCUGUGUUCAUACCCCUGGUUCCACGGGCCCAUCUCGCGGGUCAAGGCGGCCCACCUGGUCCAGAACUUGGGCCCGGAGGGCCACGGAGUGUUCCUAGUGAGGCAGAGUGAGACUCGCCGCGGAGACUACGUCCUCACCUUCAACUACCAGAGCAAGGCCAAGCACCUUCGUCUGUCUCUAACAGAGUGGGGUCAGUGUAGGGUGCAGCACCUGCGCUUCCCAUCCGUCAUGGACAUGCUCAGUCACUUUCGCCUCUACCCCAUACCCCUGGAGUGUGGCACUGCCUGUGACGUCACCCUCUCAAGCUUCGUGGUGGCUAACUCCCAAGGUCAGAUUUCAGCGGCUGUUCUGGUUCCCUUCUCCCUGAACUGCUGGAGCUCCGAGCCCAGCCUGGCCCACUGCAGCCCAGCCACCUGCCCCAGCCUGCUCCCCUCAGCAGGCCCCUCUCCAGGCCCUCUGCCCCAGCCCGGACACCCUCAUCUAUACACCUCACCCCUCCCAGACCUCCCCACCUCGGGUCCCCUGCGUCGGAGCGAGUCGGUGGGCCGCAGACCCCUACUGCGUCACCCCAACCCCCACCCACCCUUUACUCAGCGAGACUCUGACUACGAACUGGAGCAAGACAGGGGCCGCAAGCGGGCCAUCGACAACCAGUACAUGUUCCUCUGACCGGCCGACUCCCUUUCACAGCCGGCCCAGAGGUCACCGCAAAACUCCAAGCAAGUGCCAGAUGGACUCAUGAGUGAACGUGUAUGCCCAAGUUGAGGUCUGUUUCGUGAUGGGGGUGACAGUUCAUUAUGAAUGUAUUUUUAGGAAAGUGUUUAAUAUUGUUAUGAUUUCUCAUUUUAUGAAGCAGAUGUCGUUGUUUUAAGGGAUGUUGCUACAUGGGGAAGGUCUUCCCUCGGGGAGGGGGGCACCCUCACUGCCUCUCCCUCCCCCUUUAACCCCAUAAAGAAAGCGGUCGGGAGGGGACACACCCUAUUCUAGAGUCCCUGUUCCCCUCCACAGCCUCGACUCUCAAGCCCUGUGCACAACUCUUGUAUAACACAUUUCACACAAUGUUCGUGAUACAGAGUUUGUCUGCCCAAAAAUGUUUACACAACCACUGUGCAAAACUCUGUUGAAUCACACAGCAUUGUACGACUUGAAUAGGGCCAAAUAUUAGCAUGUUCAUUUCCUGUUAGCAUUUAAACAGAAGAGUCCUUACCUUCAUAGCAUUAACUUCUUUCAUCUUAACAUUGUUCUCUCCAGCUCUACGACUCAAGGACAAAGCUGAACCUUUCUGAAGGCCUUUGUUUUUUUGCUAGUUAAAUGUUUCCAAGUGCUACAUUUGAACGUUUGUCUUCUAUGGCUUCUUAAUCAGUGAGCUCUUGAAAGAGACAAACUUCGCCAAAGAAAAGCCUGCACUCCCUUGCUUUGACGAAGAACCCUUGUGUACAUGGCCCCUUAACACAUUUUAUGUAAGCAACCGUUCUGGUGUACAUUUUGUUUAGUAAUUAAACAUUCUUCUUUAACAUACCAGUACCCGUCACUUUUCUGUAUGUACAUCUUUCCCUUGCCUAACACUAACUUAGCAGUGAAACCUUAAUCAUUGAGUUGUACAGCUUACCCUCUAGAAGUCCUACAGUAUUUAUGGUCAUGUUCAUUUCUUAUCAUAGAAGGGCUUUGUUUUUAAGAAAUGCACAAAGGCAGGUUGAUUUCCUUUUUAAAUGAUCAGGACAUCGACUUGCCUUUUCAUUGCAUGACCCAGCUAAAAAUCUAUCAAGGAAUUUUACAAUGGUUUUUAAUCAGGUACCUUCCAAAAUUGAAACUGACAUUGUCAAAUGUUUAGGUGGGAAAAAAGGUUAGACAAUUGCGGUUUGUUUCCUGUGCUUAAAUUGAAACUAAUCCCAAUCUGUUCUGCAAAUGCAACAGGAAAGCAACGGUAUCAUUGACUUAUCAGUCCCUUUGACCUGUAGCCAGAAAGACUGCCUUGCCUGAAAACUGCUGUUGCUUUACGUGUUUGAACUUAGUGCAAUAACUGAGAUAUUUCCAAUAAUUUAGCCUAUGACACAUUGAAUGCUUUAUAUUAUAGCUUAACCUGUACAUCGUCUUUGCACUCAAUCAUAUUGGGAAAACACAAAUCACACCAAGAGUUCUGGCAAGCUUAGUGCAUUCCACUACUGUAGUCUGGUGUUGCUCACUCUUCAACACCUGUCUGUCUGCACAUAUCAGGUUAGUUUUAUACUCCAAAUGGCCCCAAUGUACCUCAGGCCUAUGUAUUAGAACAUUUGCUUACAUGCAUUUAUUUUGCCCGGUCAGUCAAGCUUUCUGACAUUAAAUCAGUUGAACUUGGAACAAUGUGUCUUCUCAAUACUGUUGAUUAUCUGUUAUGUAUUAGCACUAAACAUUCCAUUCCCCAAGCUAAUUAAACCACAAAAGCUUUCCAUCUGUCAAUCUUUGAUCAACUGUCACAUUUUCCUUAGUUAUAAGCAUUCUAAAUUCUCAACUGUAUAUUUGACUUUUGUAAUAUAAAGCUAACCCAAAAAAUGUA